CAAAGUCAAAGGUAAAGCUCUGUGUUUUUUUAGCUGUCACUGCCUUGUUCGUCUCAAACUUUGUCUCUGUCCAAAAUCUUUUUUUUUGUCCGGCAUCGGAUCUUUUUCCGAUCAGGGAAAGAACAGUACGAAUUAUCGAGUAGAUUUGCGGUGAAGUAGAAAUGUGGAAGGAGGAAUCUUUGGAUUUAGUGCUUGUGCCAGCGGGUCUCGUUGUGAUGGUAGCUUACCAUGUCUGGCUAGUCUACGCUAUAUUUCACCGUCCCAAGCUUACUGUUAUCUCUCUCAACGCUGAAUCUAGACGACAAUGGGUCUUCUCUAUGAUGACUGAGCCAAUGAAAAACGGUGUCUUGGCUGUUCAAACAAUCCGGAACAACAUAAUGGCAUCAACCCUUUUAGCCACAGCAGCAAUCACUCUAUGUUCCAUCAUAGGCGUCUUUAUAAGCAACUCUUCAGAUUCAAAAUCCAAGCCGACAAGUCUUGUAUAUGGGAGCAGAAGCCCUCUCUUAGCAUCAAUCAAGAACUUUGCGAUCCUGAUCUGCUUCCUCAUGGCCUUUCUCUGCAACGUCCAAUCAAUCAGGUACUAUGCUCACGUAAGUUUCCUAGUCACAGUGCCUGUCUCGAGAGGGAAAAGAGAACACUGUGAGUACGUGUCUAGAAACCUGAACCGAGCUAGCUACUUCUGGUCUCUUGGAUUGCGGUCUUUUUACUUCUCCUUCCCGCUUUUUCUGUGGACCUUCGGGCCCAUCCCGAUGUUUGUCUGCUGUUGUAUAAUGUCAUCGAUUCUAUAUUUCUUGGACACGACAACUAGUUUCACUAGGCAUCUCCAUAGCCAGUCGUUCAGAGAAACCGCUGAUUUAAAGGACGGUGAAAUCGAAUCAGCGGUCCAUGCUCUGUAGACUCUUUUCUCUGACUUUUGUUGUGUGUGAGAGUUAGCAAGAGUUAUAUAUUAACCGAGUGUGUUUGUAAUUUGAUGGAACAAAACCUUGGCUGCGAUUGUAUAUUUGCGUUUUAGUUUUCAUGUUAUGAUGAUUAGUAUAUCAUAAUAUGAAAACGCAUAUGCUGUUUGCCUAAUCGCAAACAAACAAUCUAAGUCUAUGUAAUCUCUUAGGCUCUGUAUCCAAAUUUAGAACUUGUACUCUAUUUUCAUCCAUCAAUCAUGUUGCCUCUACAAUACUAUACCAACUAAACAAUUAUAUUGUUAUUUUGUUAGAAUCCAGAGAUCGAUUUUUA